AAUAUGACGUUAAUCUAUGAAAUAAUAUUGUAAUGCGUGAUAUCAAUGGCCUUGAUGACCUCGCAAUAGUUACUUUGAUAGAAAGAUUACGAAAAAAAAGUAAAAAAUAUUUUGCAAGAAUCUUCAAUGAAUAAUUAACGAUAUCGUAAUGCAAAUGAAUUUUUUUUAUUUAUACAACUUACUGGGAUAUCUAAUCAAUGUAUUUGGUUUACAAUAAAUUAAUAGAACAACGUCGAUAACUGGUAAAUCCUUUCCACGCGGUAGAGGAAUAAUAUUUAGUGUUCUGAUUUGAUUAGUAUUUAAUUUUAUAUAUAAUGGCAAUAUUAAAGUUUUAUAAACUACCUGGAUUAAAAUCAGCACAGCUGAAAAAGAAAUUAAAUGAUAUACGUAAGGUAUCAAGUAUAGUGAGUGAUCUUAAAACUGAAUUGUGUUAUUAUAUUGAAAUUAAAGAAGAAUUAAAUGAAAGAGAAAUACAAUUGUUACAAUGGUUAUUGGUUUCGCCUAUAGAAACGGACACAUUAAAAAACGUUAGCGUAUUUGAUCAAAAUAAUGAUAUAAUUACUGUCAUUGAAAUUGGUCCAAGAUUGAAUUUUUCUACUGCAUUUUCGAGUAAUGUAAUAUCCAUAUGCAAAUCAAUAGAAUUAGAUAAAGUAACAAGAGUAGAAAUAUCUAUCAGAUAUCAUAUCAUACAUAAUGGUACAUUAGAUCAAACUACAGAAUCUAAAAUUGUAGAUGUUUUACACGACAAGAUGACAGAAUGUAGAUAUGUAAAACCUAUAGAGACUUUUGACCAUGGAUUUAAACCUGAAAAAUGGUUUGAAGUAGAUAUAUUAAAAUAUGGAAGAAAUGCUUUAGAGGAUGUAAGCAAUAAAUUAGGUCUUGCCUUUGAUAAUUGGGAUUUGGAUUAUUACACAAAUUUGUUUUUACAUAAACUUAAACGUAAUCCAACCAGUGUCGAAUGUUUUGAUUUGGCACAAUCAAACAGCGAGCAUAGCCGACAUUGGUUUUUUAAAGGAAAGAUGAUUAUUGAUGGAAAAGAAAAAAAACAAUCUUUACUUGAUAUGAUCAUAGAUACACAAAAUUAUUCAAAUCCAAACAAUGUCAUUAAAUUCAGUGAUAACAGCAGUGCUAUCGAAGGCUAUGAAAUAAACUUGUUGAGACCAGUUGAUCCAUCAAAAUGUAGUCAUUUUAAUGUAGAAAAAAUUAAGCAAGAUUUAAUAUUUACAGCAGAAACACAUAAUUUUCCAACUGGUGUUGCUCCAUUCAGUGGUGCUACAACAGGAACAGGAGGACGUAUAAGAGAUAUACAAGCCAUUGGUAAAGGAGGCUAUUAUAUCGCAGGAACUGCAGGAUACAGUGUUGGAAAUCUUCUUAUUCCAGAUUAUAGUUUACCUUGGGAAAACAAAGAAUGGGUAUACCCUAGUAAUAUGGCAUCACCAUUACAAAUUAUAAUUGAAGCAAGUAAUGGAGCAUCUGAUUAUGGAAAUAAAUUUGGAGAACCAAUUAUAUCUGGUUUUGCACGUUCUUUUGGCUUGCUAGAUCAUGAAAAUGUUAGAAGAGAAUGGAUAAAACCUAUAAUGUUUACCGGAGGUGUAGGUACAGUGGAUGCAAAUAUGACAAAAAAAGAAUUACCAGAAAAAGAUAUGGAAGUUGUAAAAAUUGGAGGACCUGUUUAUAGAAUUGGUGUUGGUGGUGGUGCAGCAAGUUCAGUUGAAGUACAAGGUGAUAAUGAAUCAGAUUUAGACUUUGGUGCAGUGCAAAGAGGUGAUCCUGAAAUGGAACAAAAAUUAAAUCGAGUAAUUCGUGCAUGUGGGGAAUUAGGUUCAAAUAAUCCAAUUCUUAGUAUUCACGAUCAAGGUGCAGGAGGAAAUGGAAAUGUAUUAAAGGAAUUAGUUGAACCUGCCGGAGCUGUAAUAUUUACAAAGAAAUUUGAAUUGGGUGAUCCUAGUAUCAGUACAUUAGAAUUAUGGGGUGCUGAAUACCAAGAAAAUAAUGCUAUACUUUGUAAACCAAAGGAUGCCGAUUUGCUCAAGCAAAUAGCGAGACGUGAAAAAUGUCCUAUCAAUUUUAUUGGAAAGGUAAUUGGAAAUGGAAAAAUUAUUCUUUCUGAAGAGGAUGACUUUGAUUUAUCAAAAUAUGAACAAAAUAAUAUAAGGCAUCCAGUUGAUUUAGAACUUGAAUUAGUACUUGGUAAGAUGCCACAAAAGACAUAUAAUCUUACAAGAAAACAGCUGCAUUUAUCACCCAUCUGUUUGCCCAAUGAUUUGACAGUGGAUUCAAUUCUUGAUAGAGUUCUACGUUUGCCUACAGUUGCUAGUAAACGUUAUUUAGUUAAUAAAGUUGAUCGUUGUGUCACAGGAUUAAUUGCACAACAACAAUGUGUUGGCCCAUUACAUACUCCUUUGGCUGAUGUUGCUGUAACAGCUGUUUCAAUAUAUUCAACACAUGGAAUUGCAACAUCGAUUGGCGAACAACCAAUAAAAGGCCUUGUGAAUGCAUCUGCCGGAGCACGUAUGACAGUAGCAGAAGCUUUGAGUAAUUUAGUAUUUGCUGCAAUUUCAGAUAUUCAGGAUGUUAAAUGUAGUGGAAAUUGGAUGUGGGCUGCAAAAUUACCAGGAGAAGGUGCAGCAAUGUAUGAAGCAUGUACUGCUUUGUGUUCUAUUAUGAAAGAGUUUGGUAUAGCUGCUGAUGGCGGUAAAGAUUCUCUUAGUAUGGCUGCACGUGUAGAAAAUAGUGUUGUUAAGGCACCAGGAACACUUGUUAUCUCUUGUUAUGCACCGUGUCCUGAUAUAAGACAAGUAAUAACACCUGAUUUAAAAGCACCUUCAGCUGGAAAAGAAGGUUAUCUACUUUAUGUUGAUUUAUCAAAUGGUAAAAGUCGUAUUGGUGGAACAGCCUUAGCACAAGUUUACAAACAACUUGGUAAUGAUACUCCAGAUGUGGAAAAUGCAAUUCUUAUUAAAAAUGCAUUUAAUGCUACACAAAAAUUGAUAAAAGAGGGAAAAGUAUUGGCAGGUCAUGAUGUAAGUGAUGGAGGAUUGAUCACUUGUAUAUUAGAAAUGGCUUUUGCUGGAAUGUCUGGAUUGGAUAUUAAUAUUUCUCAUAAAUCUGGAUCUCCUAUAGAUAUUUUAUUCUCUGAGGAAGUUGGAUGGAUUCUAGAAAUAGAAGAAAAUAAUUAUGAAUAUUUAAACAAUGUAUUUAAUCAGUUCAAUAUUCCAGUAUAUUUGAUAGGGAAGUCUGUUGGUUUGGGAUUUCAAUCAAAGGUGUCUUUUAAAGUAAAUGCAAAGGUUGUAUUGGAUACUAUUAUAGAACCAUUAAUGUAUACAUGGGAAGAAACAAGUUAUCAAUUAGAGCGUAGACAAACUAAUAUUAGUUGUGCUCUAGAAGAAUUUAAUGGACUAAAAGAAAGAACUAUUCCUGAUUAUAAGUUAACAUUUAAUCCUGAUCAUAAACCUUAUUCAAUUGAAAAAUUAUUAAUCUCUAAUAUAAAAGUCGCUGUGAUUCGUGAGGAAGGUAUAAAUGGUGAUAGAGAAAUGGCCGUGUCUUUGGAACAAGCAGGUUUUGAAGUUUGGGAUGUAACAAUGCAAGAUUUAUUAAGCAAUGAUAUUACACUUGAUAGAUUCAAAGGUGUUAUUUUUCCUGGUGGAUUUAGUUAUGCAGAUGUUUUAGGCUCUGCAAAAGGAUGGGCGGCAUGUUUGAAAUUUCAUCCACUAUUAAAAAAACAAUUAGAAAUAUUUGUUAAUUCCAAAGACACGUUCAGUUUAGGAGUAUGUAAUGGCUGUCAAUUAAUGAGUUUGUUAGGAUGGAUUGGAAAAGAUAAUGGAUAUAAAGAAGAACCAGAGAUUUUCUUAGAUCAUAAUAUAUCAGAAAGAUUUGAAUGUCGAUGGAGUAAUGUUAGAAUUGAAAAAUCACCGUCCAUCAUGCUGCAAGGAAUGGAGGGUAGUAUAUUUGGUGUAUGGAUUGCACAUGGUGAAGGAAGAUUUACAUUUCGCAACAGUGAAUUAUUGCAUACACUGAAAAAAUUAAACUGUCUUGCGAUUAAAUAUACUGAUGAUUAUGGUAAUCCCACUGAAAAAUAUCCAUUCAAUCCUAAUGGUAGCAUAGAAGGUAUAGCUGCUAUAUGUUCAACGAACGGUCGACAUUUGGCUAUGAUGCCACAUCCAGAAAGAUGCACACAAAUGUGGCAAUGGCCUUGGAAACCCAUAGAAACGAAAUAUGAAAGGUCCCCUUGGCAACGUAUUUUUGAUAAUGCUUAUGCGUGGUGCUUAUCACCAAAAAAAUUGAAUAUAAAUAUAUUAUAGCAUGAUCAAAUAUUUAUAGUAAAAAGAUAUAAAAAAAGAAAAAUUUAGUAUUGAACAUUUCAUUAUUCAUAUGGAUUUUGUCUAACUUUAAAAACUUGAUUUAAAGGAUCAUAAGGUGUAUAAUGACUUGAGGUAUAGAUGUCAUCAAGUUGUAAAUCACAUCGUAGAAUAACUACGCCAGAUGGAUUUACUUUAACUUUUAUCUUUGUAUGUGGCAAUAAGACACCAUAGUUCACAUCCUCGUAUAAAUCCUACAAAUAUUUCAAUUAUAAAUAUUUUUCUUUAUGCUUAUUAAAAUAAUGAAUUUUAAUAUUAAUAACGUACUUCUACUUUGUAUCCUCCAGGAUAUUGUAAGCCAAGUUCUUUUAAUGUGACUGAAACAUCCGAAGGUGUACCAUCUGUUCUUCUAUUCAAGAACGCAAUUGCAUAAGAAUAAUAUGAUUGAUGUAUGGGCGUUAUUGGUCGUGCCCAUAUUUCGAUACCUUUAUGCUACAAAAAAAAAAAAAAAAAAAAAAAAAGAA